AUUUUUUUUAAAUCAUGGCAACAUAGGGCGCACGAAUUUCAAAAAUUAACCGGGCUGAAGCACUGGGUCGGACUAGGUCCGAGGGAUUGGAUUCCCUGCUGGUUGAAAGGCCCGCGUUCCCAGCCAUCCUCCCGGGCCGUGAGCCCAAGAACGGAACGGCCUUUUUUUCCAAGCUCCUCUCCCUGCCGCCUCUUCCUCCUCUGUCGUCGGCUCGUCGCCACCGCGGCGCCGCCUCCCUCAAGGGUCCACUCAUGGAGACCGCGCUCUUCUCCGCCGCCUCACUCUUCCACGGCGCCGAUGACAGCGACGACGACCGAGAUGAGAAGAUGGAGGUCGGCGCCGAGGGGAAGAAGGAGGCGUUGGAGUAUGUGGAGAGAGCGCACGACUUCCCUGACAUGAAACUGAGCGUAAGGGAAUUCUCAUCUCAUGAGCUUAACGCAAACUUGCUGUGGCCUGGGACAUUUUCAUUUGCUGCUUGGCUGGUUAAGAACCAGUCAAUUUUGGAUGGACAACGGGUCUUGGAAUUGGGAAGUGGGACGGGAGCUCUGGCGAUCUUUCUGAGGAAGUCAUUUGGGGUGGAUAUCACAACAUCUGAUUAUGAUGACAAGGACAUUGAAGAGAAUAUUGCUUACAACUGCAGAACUAAUAAGUUGGAUGUGCUACCUCAUAUCAGACACACAUGGGGAGAUCCAUUUCCAGUUUCUAGACCAGAUUGGGACAUUGUUAUUGCUAGUGAUAUUCUACUCUAUGUUAAACAGUAUGACAACCUGGUAAAGACAGUAUACUUUCUUUUAAAAGAAUACAAAAAGUCAAGUGAGAAGGCAGGCUGCAGCACCAUCACAGACAAAUCAGGAACACAAGUACCUGCAAAAUCUCCUAUGUUUCUGAUUAGCUGGCGCAGAAGAAUUGGCAAGGAUCAAUCGCUUUUCUUCACACGAUGCGAGGAUGCGGGCCUCGAAGUGUGUCAUUUGGGUGAUCUUGUCUACCUCAUCAGAAUUAAGAGCUGAAAAAAAUGAGGAAAUUACACUCUCCUAUAAGUUUGUUACGAAUGGCAUUGGGGGAAAUGCCUGCCUGGACAGUUUUAGGAAAGGAAACGCGUGGAUUUUGAGUAGGUUUUUGCUAGAGAGAUUUUGCUCGAUUUUCCCCUUGUUAGAAUUGUUCACUUGAAGGACCUCCCUUGUGCUUAGUCUUGUUGGGCUACACUGCUGCUGUAUUUUAUUUGAAACUCAGAGAUCGAGCACGCGGCAAGAUGUGCAGAUAGAGAGGUACCCAGUGUAACUCAUGUCUUGGCGUGUUCUUGGCAGGAUGAGAAAAGAGUGCGCCCAUGUGGUGCCUUGUGUUUGUGAAACAUAUAUCGGCAGCCACGCAUUGUUACC